AUGGGGGUACCUCCCCAAUGUGAGAAAGGAGGCAGAAGCAGAAAGAGGCCCCGAAAAGAGGGCUCCGCUGUCUCGUCGGCACAGAAGGAAGGUUCGAAGGCGAGCCAGGAGGGGUCGCUCCCCAGAUUGGAGCCUGCAGAAGCCAAAUAUUUCCAAAAGGCCCAUGAAACCCUGAAAUCUGGGUUUGGCUCUGAUGAGGAGAAGGGUCUGUUUGUCAGCAACGUUCUGGAGGAGGCGGAGGCAGUGGCCGUGCCUCUGUCCCUGGACCCUGCUGGCUCUCUGCUCCUGCAGGCCCUGGUGUCCUCAGCUUCUCCUGCCAGCUUGUGCCGCCUGCUGAGGGCCUUGGUCCCCUCCCUGCGCUUGGUGGCCUGCCACUCCUGCGGUGCCCACAUCCUGGAAGCCGCCAUUCUGAGAGCCCUGUUGCUGAUCAAGGAUGGAGCGGAGGAUUCUGAGACGCUGGAGGACCUUGUUUUGGAGCUGGGCAGAGCCGUGCAGGGGGAGUUGUCGGCCUUCGCUUUGGAUGCCCAUGCCAGCUUUGUGGUGCGGACUUUGUUGCAGGCGCUUGGAGGGGCCAGAGUCGGCUCAGACGGGGGUCGGGGGCUCCAGGUAUUAGGGUCUUCGCAUUCCAGAACCAAGCAAGCCAAAUCGGGAAGCGAGGCACCCGUGGACUUUGAGGUCCCAAACUCCUUCUUGACUCUUUUGCAGGGGUUCAGCGAAAGCUUUCAGAAGCUUAUUUCUGAUUUCAUCACCAACAAAUUCUUCAGCCUCUGCCUCCAGGUGGCGAUGGAGGUCUUGCACAGGAAGUUGCCCGAAGCUUGUUCCCAGUUGUGCUGCUCUGUGAUUGGCUACCUGAGCUCUUGCAACCCGGCUGCUGGGCAAAGUGCCCUCCUGGUGUUCCUGAAGGACGCGACGUGCAGCCGGGUUCUGGACAAGGUGCUGGAAGUGUCGUCCCCGAAGGCCCUGCGCUCCUUCUACAGGGUUCACGUGAAAGGGCAGCUGCAGGCCCUGGCAGCCCACCAAGUGGCUAACUUCACUCUGCAGCGGCUCAUCCAGGCAGCCUCCUGCAAGCUGCUAGGAAGGCUGUUUGAAGAGCUGAGCCCUGGCCUGGAAGAGAUGCUGGCCCUUGAGCACCUGGGUGUGGUCACGGCACUCCUGGGCGCCUGCAGAAAACACGGGGCUCACCAGCAGGAGGCGCUGCAGGUACUCUUGGAGGCUUUCCACUGCUGGGAGCCCCCUUCUCGCCAGCUGGUGUGUGCCCCACUUAUUGCCUCUCUGCUGGCUUAUGAGGUGUAUUAUGGCGAGGAAGAAGAGGAGGAGGAAGAAACGGCAACAAAGGAUCAGGCCGCCCCUUCCUGCCCUCUGAGCUCCGUCUCCUAUCACGGCUCCUUGGUUCUCCAGCACUGCUUGCAUUUCGCCGACCCUUCCGUUGUUCUGCGCAGCCUGGCCGCCAUGGCUCCCGAGGAUCUGGUCACGCUGGCUUGUGACCCUGCGGGCAGCCACGUCUUCGACGCCCUCCUGGCCAGCCCCUCCGUCGCCGAGAAGCAGAGGCGCAAAGUUCUGCGCCUGCUUAAGGGUCACUACUUACCUCUGGCCUGCAGUAAGCACGGGAGCCGUGUUCUGGAUGCCAUCUGGAGCAGAGCCACGCUCCCAGCCAAGCGGGAGAUGGCCCAGGAACUGGCGGAGCACGAACAGAAGCUACGGAACGACCCCUUUGGCCACCACCUGGUCCGCAAUUUCGCCUUGACACACUUCCUCAAGCGCCGCCGGGACUGGGACCGCCUCCAAGAGGCGGAGAAGAAGCGAAGGGAGCUUUUUGCGGAGAUCUUGGAGGACUGACUUGGAAGAAGGAGGGUGUGCCCUCUUGGCU